CGCACUCGCUGGAGCGCAACAGAGAACCGCGUGGCUGCGAGAGGGGAGGACGGAGCGGAGGCGCGCCAAUCAGGGAGUCGCAAUGAAAGAGGAGGUGGAAACCGGCGUCAGGUUCCUCUCUCGCCUGGUGAACCGACACAACAAGCUGGCAAAGGGGCAGGUGAAGCGUUUUGGGGAGAGCCUGGUCACGGUUCUGUGCGAGCGGUUCAACGAACAUUGGUACCCGGAGAACCCCCUCAAGGGACAGGCUUACAGGUGUAUCCGGAUCAACCGAUGGCAAAAAGUGGAUGAUUCCCUUCUGAGAGCCUGCAAAGACUGUGGUCUGGAUUACUCGGACCUGGCAUUGCCCCGGGAAGUCUCGAUCUGGAUCGAUCCCGGUGAAGUUUGCUGCCGGCUUGGCGAGAACAACCAUUACUUCAAGGUCAACGAAGAAAAGAGAAGCAGCAGCAAAGCAUCUCCAGAGCUGGAGACGUCCGACUACCAUUCUGAAUCUCCCUCGGAGAGCUCGUCGGAGGACGAGGGGGCCGCUAAACCUCCCAAGGCAACACCGGCGCCGAGCAAAAAUCGCACCGGGGGAAGUAAUGCUACCAAGCAGGCGACGCAGUAUUUCUACAUGCCAUCUCCUCUCUGGGUCCCGUGUCCCCAAACCUUGGUGAGCUACAUCCCAGCCUACCAGCCUAUGACCGUAUACUACAUGGCCUCAAAAUCUCCAGUUCCCAGGAAACCCAACCCGAACCUUGUAAAACGGCUCACCAACCGGGCAUCUAAAGCUUGAGGGAGGGGUGGAGAGGCUGGGCAGAGCCAGGGAUGCCUAGACCUUGCCCAGUUCUCUCCGUAACACGCUCUAGUCCAGCGCUGGACUUUAGAGCAGACAAAAUGGGACGUUACUUUCAGGACCUAAUGAGUGUUUUAUUCCUUUUUGGUGAUAACUGAAUCCUGGGGAAUUGUCCUGUGCUAGGUGGGGAACGCCUGAUGGUCUCUUACAGUGCAACCCUAAGUAGAGUUACUCCAGUCUAAACCCAUUGAAAGCAAUGGGCCUAGAUUGGAGUAACUCUAUUUAGGAUUGCACUGUUAAUUUCUCUCCCCCCCCCAAUGAAGGGGAGGAAUCACUUUCUUAUGGUGCUGAGACAAGCGUAGCAUUCCAAUUGUGUAUUAACUAGCACUUCAGUGUACAGUGUGAACCAGAGGGCAGGGGUACCCCAUGUUGGGCAGAGAUGAAACUAGAACCAGACAUCAAGGGGUUUUAUUUCAUCUCUGGCAGGGAAAUGAAGUAUUUAAUUAUUGUGGGGGGAGGGGGGAGGAAAAGGGGUUCUGUUUUUGACCCCUGGAGAGGGACGGAAUUCAAUGGGGAAGAGCCACAUGUCAGGACUCUUGCCUUCUCUUUUCCCCAUCUCCAACUUUCUUUAAGAUAUUUCCUUUUUCUGCGACACUGGAAUUGCAACAGCGGGUGUGUAUGCUUUUUUAAAGGCCACUCCAAAUUCUACUGUGAGAAAACUAGGCACGGUUUGGCUUGUGUGUAAAUGACAGAAAAUGGAACAAAUAUGCGUGAGUUUGGCUUAUUUUUCUUAAUCUGUUCUGCUCUUGCCAGCUGUGGGAAGGGCAAAGAGAAUCGAAGCCCUACCUCCAUUGCUCAAACCUUGCCCGCCCAGCUUCCAGAGUUUUAUCAGAAGCCCUCUCCUAUGCUUUUUACUGCCAUAAGGGCUAGAAACCUGUUUGUUUUUUUAAAAGACAUUUAGGCUACAAAAUUGGGCACCAGAUACCAAUUUCUAUGUUUGCACAAUGCAAUCUCUGGAAGCAUUCAGCUCUGCAAAUAAUACUUACCUACCUCAAGAGAUGCUGUUCUAAAGAAGAAUGAAAUAUAGAGUGUAUUUUAAUUUUUGGUAUUUUGAAGGACUUGUUGUUGGGCAAAGUAUUAUUAAUAUUGUUAUUGAUGUUGAUAGUUAAUAUAUAUAUAUCUUCUGUAAAUAACAAUUGCGGGUUUUAAUUUAUGGAAUGAAAAUAAUUGUGUAAAUAACUUUUUAUCUGCAGCUGGUUUUUCAUGCACAAUUGGUAAAUGUGUAUCUUGUCUUUUUUUAAAAAAUGCAGAUCUUUUCUAAACGAAGAAUAAUAAUAAAUGAUACCGACAAUUAACAAUA